AAUAAAAAAAUUGUUAACAGUUUCACAGCUACACGGAAUAUGGAAUGCUGCAGCUGCUUUUGCAGAAGCUGAUGCAUAUGUGUUUCAUUUACCAAAUGAGACAACCAUAAUCUUUGGUAUUUUAUACGCUUGUACGAUUCCCAUUGCAGUGUUUGGUUUUCACGCAAUACGUAAAAAAAAUUCAAAAAUGUUACAAAUAUUCUCAAAAUUAUUUUGGCUCUCAAUAGCUCUUCUUUUAAUUUUACAUUUGACUGAAUUAAUUCUUUCAUUUGUGUGGCGUAAUGAUAUAAUCGCAAACUGUCAUAAAGAUUUAAAUUAUCUGAUACCUUCAAAUAGUAGUACUUCUACAACUCCAUAUGACCCUGAUGCACUAUCCCAAAAUGUAAUUGAUAACGCUUGUGAUCAAG